UGUCAAACAACAUUACUUUUUGGUCUUGAAUUUCAUUGUUGACUCAUUGACAUAGUGAAUUUUAAAUACCUUGGAAUCUUAAUAAAUUUUUAGAUAUCAAAAGAUUAGAAAAAUUAAAUGUAUCGUAAAAAAAAUAUAAGGAAAAUGUUUAAUGAAAUGUCUGUCUAUUUCACUUUUAUAUUUCUAAACCUGAAAUCAUAUCCCAUAAAUCUGAAUAUUUACUUGGGAAAGCCUAUUUAUUACUUAUUUUUCUCUUAAUUAUCUCUGAUAAAAUUUACUUUGAAAAGAUGUUUUUUCUUGUGAAACGUAUUUCAUUUAUAUAUCAAGAAGAUAUGCUUUGACAAAAUGAGAGUUUUUGAAUGUGCAAACAGACAGAGAGCCCAACAAGAAAUGUGUGCGACUGUGACGAAGAAAUGAAGUGGCAGAAUCGUAAAUAAAAGUAAGAUGAUUGCCCUUAUGAGAGGAUUUGAAAAACCCUUACUACUACUCAGUGUGUUUCUUUACUCGUUAAAUACAGAGAAAAUCACAUCUCUUUACUCUGCCCCAGACCCAAUAAAAAUACAAUUGUUUUCCUCUGUUUCUUUUAAUCCCGUAUAUAAUAAAAACAGAGAGAGAGAGAGACCUAAGAAAGGAGAUCAAAGCCCGUCGCUUUUCUCGAGGAAAAGUAGAUGGCCCUUUAACAAACCAAAACCUAUUGGCUGAACACAUGGUGGUGACUCGUCGAAUCUCUCUAAAUCUGUUUUCCAAUUUUUGCUCUGUUUCUGCUCUGUAAUGGCGAUUUGAAGAAUUUGAGAGAGAGAGAGAGAAAGGUUUAAGCUUUGGAGAGAGAGAGAGAUGGCGGUUUCAGAGCAGAGUCAAGACGUGUUCCCAUGGCUGAAAUCGCUGCCAGUGGCCCCAGAGUUCAGACCCACUCUGGCAGAGUUCCAAGAUCCGAUGGCUUACAUUUGCAAGAUCGAAGAGGAAGCUUCCAGAUACGGCAUCUGCAAAAUUGUGCCUCCCGUUCCUCCUUCCUCUAAGAAAACCGCCAUUAACAACCUCAACCGCUCUCUCGCCGCUCGAGCCAGGGCCAGGGCUCGCGACGGCGGAAAGCCCGAUUACGACGGCGGUCCCACAUUCACCACGCGUCAGCAGCAGAUCGGGUUUUGCCCUAGGAGGCAGCGCCCCGUGCAGAGACCCGUGUGGCAGAGCGGUGAGCGUUACACUUUCGAUGAGUUCGAGUUUAAAGCUAAGAACUUUGAGAAGAGUUAUCUUAAGAAGUGCGGCAAGAAGGGUUCCGUCUCGCCGCUCGAAGUCGAGACCCUUUACUGGAGAGCCUCGGUGGAUAAGCCCUUCUCCGUUGAGUACGCCAACGACAUGCCCGGGUCCGCUUUUGUGCCUCUGAGUUUAGCAGCCGCGAGGAGGAGAGAAUCUGGUGGUGAUUGUGGGACUGUUGGUGAGACUGCUUGGAACAUGAGGGCCAUGGCUAGAGCUGAAGGGUCUUUGCUUAAGUUCAUGAAAGAGGAGAUCCCUGGGGUCACAUCUCCCAUGGUUUAUAUCGCUAUGAUGUUUAGUUGGUUUGCUUGGCAUGUGGAGGACCAUGACCUCCAUAGUCUCAAUUACUUGCAUAUGGGUGCUGGUAAGACUUGGUACGGUGUUCCAAAGGAUGCUGCUAUGGCCUUUGAGGAGGUGGUCAGGGUUCAUGGUUAUGGAGAAGAGCUUAAUCCUCUUGUGACAUUUUCUACUCUUGGUGAGAAGACAACAGUUAUGUCUCCUGAAGUAUUUGUUAGAGCUGGGAUACCAUGUUGCAGGUUAGUACAAAAUCCUGGAGAUUUUGUCAUCACCUUUCCAGGAGCAUAUCACUCAGGGUUUAGUCAUGGAUUCAAUUUUGGGGAAGCAUCUAACAUUGCAACUCCACAAUGGUUGAGGAUGGCAAAAGAUGCAGCCAUCCGGCGAGCUUCCAUAAAUUACCCUCCAAUGGUUUCUCAUCUCCAGUUACUUUAUGACUAUGCAUUGGCUCUAGGUUCAAGAGUGCCAGAUAGCAUCCACAACAAACCAAGGAGUUCUAGAUUGAAAGAUAAGAAAAAAAGCGAAGGAGAAAAACUGACUAAUGAACUGUUUGUGCAAAACAUUAUCCACAACAACGAGUUGCUCCACUCUCUUGGAAAAGGAUCUCCAAUAGCUCUUCUUCCGCAGAGUUCCUCAGAUGUAUCGGUUUGCUCUGACGUGCGAAUUGGAUCUCAUUUGGGUGCUAACCAGGGACAGACAACACUCCUUAUAAAAUCUGAAGACUUGAGUUCCGAUAGUGUUAUGGUCAGUCUCAGUAACGGUGUGAAAGAGAAGUUUACAUCUUUGUGUGAAAGGAACAGAGAUCAUCUGGCAAGCAAAGAGGACGAAACCCAAGGAACUUCGACAGAUGUUGAAAGGAGGAAAAAUAAUGGAGCUGUGGGGCUUUCGGAUCAGAGGCUUUUCUCUUGUGUUACAUGUGGAGUCUUGAGCUUUGAUUGUGUUGCUAUUAUUCAACCUAAAGAAGCAGCAGCUAGAUAUCUAAUGUCUGCGGAUUGUAGCUUCUUGAAUGAUUGGACAGUUGCUUCCGGAUCUGGAAACCUUGGUCAGGAUGUAGUGAUGCCUCCUUCAGAAAACACAGGAAAGCAAGAUGUUGGUGACUUAUACAAUGCUCCUGUUCAAACUCCGUAUCAUUCAACAACGAAGACCGUUGAUCAAAGAACUUCAUCAAGUUCCCUAACAAAAGAGAGUGGUGCUCUAGGGUUGUUAGCUUCAGCAUAUGGAGACUCUUCUGAUUCUGAGGAAGAAGAUCACAAAGGCUUAGAUAAUCCUGUUUCGGAUGAAGUUGCUUGCGUACUUGAAGCAUCAUCUUUUGUUACAGAUGGCAACGACGAGGCUGGAAAUGGUCUAUCUUCUGCUUUAAACAGCCAAGGACUUACAUGUGAGAAAGGAAAAGAGGUUGACGUAUCACAUGCUAAUCUAAGCAAAGGCGGGAAUGCAUCAUCUGUAGAGAUAACUUUACCAUUUAUUCCAAGAUCUGAUGACGACUUCUCUCGGUUACACGUGUUUUGUCUUGAGCAUGCUGCGGAAGUGGAACAACGACUUCAUCCUAUUGGGGGGAUUAACAUAAUGUUAUUAUGCCAUCCAGAUUACCCCAGGAUAGAGGCUGAAGGAAAGGUAGUUGCCAAAGAGCUUGGAGUCAACCACGAGUGGAAUUACACUGAGUUCAAGAAUGUGACCCGAGAGGAUGAGGAAACGAUCCAGGCGGCGUUGGCAAACGUUGAAGCUAAGGCUGGGAACAGCGACUGGGCUGUAAAGUUGGGUAUUAACCUUUCUCACAGUGCUAUCCUCAGUCGCUCUCCUCUCUACAGUAAGCAGAUGCCUUACAACUCCGUCAUUUACAAUGUGUUCGGUCGCACCUCUCCAGCAACUCCCCAAGUUUCUGGUAUAAGAUCUUCCAGACAGAGGAAAUAUGUUGCUGGAAAAUGGUGUGGUAAGGUUUGGAUGUCGCAUCAGGUGCAUCCUUUUCUGCUGGAGGAGGACUUUGAGGGAGAAGAAACUGAAAGAAGUCAUCUGCGAGCUGCUCUGGAUGAGGAUGUCACUGUUCAUGGUAAUGACUCUAGAGAUGCAACCACAAUGUUCGGAAGAAAGUAUUCUAGGAAGAGAAAGGCGAGAGGGAAGGCUGCGCCACGCAAGAAGCUUACCUCUUUUAAGAGGGAAGCAGGAGUUUCUGAUGACACAUCAGAGGAUCAUUCCUAUAAGCAGCAAUGGAGGGCUUACGGGGAUGAGGAAGAGUCUUAUUUUGAGACGGGGAAUGAGGUUUCUGGUGAUUCGUCGAAUCAAAUGUCUGAUCAGCAACAGCUCAAGGGUGUUGAAUCAGAUGAUGAUGAAGUUUCAGAGCGUUCACUUGGACAAGAAUAUACUGUAAGGAGGGAAUAUGCAUCUUCAGAAAGCUCGAAGGAGAAUGGCUUUCAGGUAUACAGAGAGGACCAGCCAAUGUAUGGUGAUAAUGAUAUGUACAGGCACCCUAGAGGGAUUCCAAGGAGCAAACGGACUAAAGUUUUUAGAGAUCUGGUUUCAUAUGAUUCAGAAGAUCAGCAAAGGGAAAGGGUAUUCACAAGUGAUGCACAGACUAGUCGAAUGGAUGACGAGUACGAUUCAGAAGAGAAUUCAUUGGAGGAACAAGACUUUUGCAGUAGCGGGAAAAGGCAAACCAGGUCCAUCGCUAAACGUAAAGUAAAAACCAAGAUAGUUCAGAGUCUGGGAGACACAGGAGGUCGCACUUUGCUACAGUCUGGAUCCAGAAAGAAGAUGAAAGAGCUAGAUUCAUACAUGGAGGGACCUAGCACACGGCUUAGGGUGAGAACCCCGAAACCCUCGAGAGGAUCUUCAGCAACAAAGCCGAAGAAAACUGGUAAGAAGGGAAGAAAUGUUUCCUUCUCAGAAGUUGCAAGUGAAGAAGAGGUGGAGGAAAAUGAAGAAGAAAGUGAGGAAGCUAGCACACGGAUAAGGGUGAGAACCCUGAAGCCCCCGAGAAGGUCUUUGGAGACAAAACCAAAGAAAACUGGUAAGAAAGGAAGUAAUGUUUCUUCCCUCUCCGGAGUCGCAAGUGAAGAAGAGGUGGAGGAAGAUGAACAAGAGGAAUGCUUGCCGUACCAAUGUGACAUGGAGGGUUGCACAAUGAGUUUCAGUUCAGAAAAACAGUUGUCUCUGCAUAAAAGAAACAUCUGCCCUGUUAAAGGCUGUGGCAAAAACUUCUUCUCACACAAGUAUCUGGUUCAGCACCAGCGCGUUCACUCAGAUGAGCGUCCACUGAAAUGUCCAUGGAAGGGGUGCAAGAUGACGUUCAAGUGGGCUUGGUCUAGAACGGAACACAUAAGGGUACACACUGGUGAGAGGCCUUAUGUAUGUGCUGAACCGGGUUGUAGUCAGACAUUCAGGUUUGUCUCAGAUUUUAGCAGGCACAAAAGGAAGACGGGUCAUUCAGCUAAGAAGAUCAAGAAAAAGUGACUUGACUUAGCUUUUUAACAUGGAAUCUAUCUAUCAUGAAGCUCUAUUAUUAAUCCAUUGGAUUAGAAGGAGAUUUAGUGGUUUAAAAUUGUUCAUCUCGGUCUGGUUAUUGUUCAUUCAAAGUCUUAACAUUCAGGAGAGCCAUUGUCUUGUUUAGAACAGAAGCUCUUGUUGUUGUAUUCUCUGUCGUCUUCUUAAAUGUUUGAAUAAACUUAAAACAAUCCUGGUUUUUAGCAGAAUUUGUGCUUUCAUCAUU